GUUAAAGUGUCUCUCUUAUAGGUCUCUGUUAAACUAAACCAAAAUGAGUGCACAGCUCUCAGUACAAGAAAUUAGGAUUGUCCUUAUUGGCAAAACAGGCGUUGGGAAAAGUGCCACCGGUAACACCAUCCUUGGAAAAGAUCAUUUUCACAAAGCAGCAAGCUCUAAGUCUGUGACUAAGCAAUGCAGUCUGGGUACCACUGUUAUUGAUGGCAAAACAAUCAAGGUUGUGGACACUCCUGGCUGGUGUGACACAGAGCUCUCUGAGGCCGAGCUCACGCAGGCCACAGUGAAAUGCAUCGACACGUCAUUCCCUGGUCCGCAUGUCUUUCUUCUCAUCUUGGCAAUUGGCAAUCGCUUCACAUCCGAAGAGAAGCAAACAGUCCAGCAGAUACAGGAGAUCUUUGGGGAAGGAGCUACAAGAUACACAAUGAUUUUGUUCACAAAGGGGGAUGACCUGGAGGACACAACUUUUGAGGACUAUCUGAGGGGGGCUACAGCAGAUCUCAAAGCCUUAAUUGACAAAUGUGAUGACAGAUGCCAUGUUUUCAACAACAAAGACAGAAACCGUUCACAAGUGACCGAACUCCUGCAAAAGAUCCAAAAGAUGGUACGACGCAAUGGUGGUGGAUGCUACACAAACUCAACAUACCAGCUACUGGAGCAAUAUAAGGAAAGAGAGGCUGAGCUACAACGGAAAGCUGAAGCUGCUAGGAGGGAGAUGAAAGCCAGAGAUGCUGAACUUCAAAGAUUGAUCAGAUAUGUGGAACAGGAACAGCAGCGUCAAAGUUUGAGAGAAAAACAGCUGCAAGAACAACUUAUGGAAAACAGCCACAUUAUGAGUACUACGCUAGAACGCAUUCAAAUUGAAAAAAACAAGAGGAAACAAGAAGAAGAAAGGACACAGAAAGCAUUACGUGCCCAGGCUGCAGAACAUCAAAGGCUGAUGAAGCUAGAGAGGCAAAAACAGAGAGAAGAGCAGUUAAAACAUCAGCGUUACAUGGAUAACAAGGAGUUAAAGAGAAAAAAUGAAGAGUUCCAGCAUAAACAGAGAAUGGAGAUGGAGAGGCAGAGGUUUGAACAAGAGAAGCUAGAAAUAUCAAAAAGAUAUGAAGAAACAAUGUUUCAGCUGGAACAACAGAAACAGAAGAAAGAGCUGAAAGACCAAAGGAAGGCCUGUCAUGGGAUUUGA